AUUAUUUUUAGUAUUUUUGGGGUUUUUUAAGAGAGUUAUUAUUUCACUACAGAAAAUGCUUCACACAUCUCUUGUGUUGUGCUUGUGGACUUUGAUCGGUGUGUUUGGUGAUGAAGUGAAGUCAGUGUCAGUGAUGGAGGGACAUUCUGUUACUCUACACACUCAUCUCACUCACAUACUGAGAAAUGAAACGGUCGACUGGAGGUUUGGAGUAAACGGUCCUCUCAUCGCCAAAAUCAAGAGAUCAUUCAAUAUUAAUCCCAUAUAUUAUAUUAAUGAUGAGACUGAGAUAUUCAGAGACAGACUUAAGAUGAACAAUCAGACUGGAGAUCUCACCAUCACAAACAUCACAUCUCAACACAAUGGAGUUUAUCAACUAAAAAUGAACUUUGGAAAUAAACAGAUAACAAAUAAUUUCAGUCUCAAUGUUUAUGCUCCCAGUACUGUCAACAUCAGUGAAUGUACACCAACUCCAUCAUCAUCUUCAUCAGAGAGUUCAGGUGUGUCAGCAGAUGUUUAUAGUCCAUCAGGAGGAACACACUGGCGUUCUAUAGUCGUGAUCUGUUGUGUUGUUGGAUGUGUGAUGAUUGUAUCUGCACUUCUCAUCUUCUUCAUCUGCAGAAAACACACAAACACUCAUGAAGAAGUUCAGACCUGUGAGGAUGACGUCACUUACAUCACUUACGCCGACACAACAUUCUACAAACACAACAAACACAUGAAGAGAGUUAAAGAGGAGGAUGUGGUGUACACAGAAGUCGUCAUGAGACGUUGAUCGACAGUGUUCGACUGACAGCUCUCCCCAAAGUUUUUGCAUUUAUUGUCUGGAUCAUGUC